AUGGCUGGCCAUGUGCAUCGUCUUCGUGCUUCGUGCGCCGUUUCGCAUGCCGUGCGGCGAUGGCCACGUGCUGUGCCGUCGAGAGCGAGCGAUCAACAGCGAGCGAUCAGACUGCCGCGGCCACAACAAGAUUGGAGCAGGUGCUUUGGGACGCGAGGUCCGUUGCUGCAGUUCAUCCCGUCCAGGACCUUGGCGACUGCCGUGGGGAAGGCAAGCCGUUGGAGCUCGUUGCCCAGCUCAGAGCGUGAAGCCUGGAAGGUCUUGGGGGUUGAUGAGAUAGCUUGGGAGCACUUGAAGGAUGGAAGACUUGGAACGCACCGUCCACGCGCUGUCCUGCGACCUUUUGAGCGUUUGACCAGCGAAGAGCAGGCGGCGGUGCUGCAUGGGCUGCGGCAGGACGCAUUUGCCUGGAACGCUUUCGUGGAGAAGCUCACUUCACAAGAGCUGGAGGUUGCAGAUCAGAAGGUAGGACGAUCUGGGGCCGUGGCUGAAGUUUCAGCCAGCAAGGGCUCAGUGGUGGAUUCAAUCAUUGGUGCAGCUUGGCGCCUGACCAAGCGCUAUGGCCCCGCCCUGGGCGCCCUCUUGGCAGAUGCUGCCCCUGCGCCUGGCCGCGCAGGAUCCGCGCGAGCGGGCGCUGGUGGUGUGCCGGUGAAGGGGGGCGGUGCUGCGGUGGCGGUUGGAGUGGUUGGACAGCUGCUCGAGCUGUUGCCGUGGGCGUUGGACUUGCGAGAGGGGCCAGUGAAGGUGGAUGGCUUGGAAACAGUCCUUUAUCUGGAUGACUCAGCGUCCAUGAGUGGACAGAACCUCUCGGAGGCGAAGGCCGCUUUGAGGAAGAUGGCCCACCUUCUGCAGGACAGCCCCACGCGUGUCUGCACGUUUGCGGACCACAAGCAGGUCAUCGUCCCGCGGGAGGAGCCGCGGAGCCGACGCAGCGCGGAGAACGGUGCGCGCAGCCUGGUCGUCGUGGAGGAGGGUGAGCAAGGAAAGUACUUCAGCCCCAAGUUUGACAGCUUGAAUCCUGAGAUCCUUUGCCUGCAGUGGAAGGGGAAGUCAGCAGGCACCUACAUGUGGCACAUGAUCUUGACAGAUCUGCGAGACAAGUACAUCCCCGGCAACGGCAAGCUGCGCGUCAUCGUCAUCACUGAUGGCUUGGAUGUGAGCAGCCCGCAUCCAUAUCACGGCAUCCAGGGCAUGGAUCCGAUGAUGAAGGAGUUGUUGAAGGAUGGCUAUGACCUCUGGGACGGCUUUGGCAACGACAUCGAAUGGCACAUCGUUGUGGUGGACAUUCCCAGAGGUCCCUUCAUGGGGCCCAUGAUCCAAAGGUCUGACACUGCGAAGUAUGAGGCUCUUGCAGAAGUCACGGGAGGAGGUUUCCUUCAUAUCGACGAGCCAGGGGUGAUGGAUGAGUUCAACGCCAGGCACUUCUUAAGUUCUUUGGAAAAAGUCAUGACUGGCGCCGAUGCCAGCAUUUUGGAGAAUGAUGACUUCAAGAAACAACAGGGCAAGAGCGCCGAGUUCUUGCGACGACUCCACGCCAGCAACCGCCACGUGGACGACCAAGACCAGGACCUUCGUCGACGGCAACAGCAGCUUGAAGACUACACGCGCGGGUCCCGCGACGCCCGCGGGUCCAGCCGGUCCGAGCUGCCGUUAUCCCAGGUCCUGCACCGGGCACCUGAUGGCUCCAUCAUCCUGCAGGAGAACGCCCACUUUGUCUUCGGUGGCGACGCGGUGGAUCACUAUCCGGGCGACUUGCAGAUCUUGGAUGACCUGCUGGACCUGAAGCGCCGCUACGGCGAGCGGGUGCAGUUCAUCGUCGGCAACCGAGAUGUGAACAAGCUUCGGCUCCCCUUCGAGCUCUCAGAGGCUUUCAUUGAGAAUUGGCCUCUCAAGGAGCACCCAGGUGUCUACUGGCUCCCGACGAAGCGCCCCAGAGACGUGCUCUCGGAGGAGAUUCUGGAGACCAACGCGCCGACGGAGCACCUGAAAUGGAUCUUGAAGGAGACCUUGGGUGCUGGAAAUGCGUUCGAGAGCCGCCGGGCUGAGCUGAAGCGAAAAGAUGGAUGCCUUGGCACGGACGAGGAGGUCUUGCAGAGCUUCGUGCCUGGGCAACGUUGGUUUGGAGCACAGGUGAAGGAAGCCAGCCCCGGAGGUCGCCUCUUCGAGUACUUGACCUUAGCCAAGCUGGCCGUCCAGAUCGGCGACGCCCUCUUUGUGCAUGGCGGCCUUCCUCGCGCGGACCUCACGUGGACGCCUGGAUGGCUGCCACCCGCUGGCGAGCGACGCCCGGUGCGCGAGUGGCUGAAGGGACUGGAUCGGUUCAAGACGGAGCAGUUGGCACAGGCGCUCUUCGUACGCUUUCGUGCGCUUUCGUGCGUCAUUUCUCCAGCGGUGACCGCGGCGCUUCUUUUUGGCACAGUCGCGAAGGGGGACGGUUCGGUUGAGCUAGCUGCAGAUGGUGACCAUCGGAUGGGCGGAUGGUGA